AUGAGAUUCCAAAUAGCGCUUCUCUGCACUUUUCUCGCUUGUCUCGCUACAAGCAACUUAAUUGAGGCGAAAAAUGUUUAUAGACGCGCAGAUAAAAUAUCAGAACAUUUUAAACAAAUCAACUUGGCAGAGGAUGAAAUCGAUCCAAAUGUAGCGCCAGAACCCCCAAAAAUUGAGCAUGUAGAAACUGAAGACGUAGAAGAUAUUACAGGAACUGCACAACCAGAAGAUGAAAUAAUUGAUGAAGCUGCAUUGGAAGCACUAAACAACGCAGAUACGUCGGCUAAUGAAAUUAUUAGUUCAAAUGGUAAUGAAGUAGAACCAGUAGCAGCUCCAGCUGCAGCAGUAGUGCCAACUGCAGCACCUGUUUCAAGUACUAGCCCUGCUAUUUCUAGUACCACUCCGGUAAAAAAUGAGGAUGAUCCCAGUGCUAUUAGCAAAUAUUGCAAAUGUUCAGAUACGCACUGUGACUGUUGUCGUACUUUCGGUUUGCCAUUGAUUCCAAUUCGUGGUCCUGGUUGUGCAAAAAUUACAUAUUUAGGUGAUGAAAAAAUGUCAGUCUCCAUAAAAUAUGGCGAUGUUACCUUGGCUACAAGAACGAUUUCUGGUAAGAAAGCUAAGCCUAUUUGUGUGGGAUUACCUGGUGGCUAUUCAAAGUUCUGUGGACGUGUAUAUGGUCUUUCGAAAUCUAAAGAAAAUUUCAAAGCUUGCUUAGGAUUUGAAUUGCGUGCAGAAGAUGAAAUUGAGGCUGCAUUGCGUGUAUCGUGUUUCAAAUUUGGACCGGAAGGUUUAAGAGUAGCUGAUGCUGAGCCAUUGCCAAGUGAAGUAAACAAAGGCGAAGACGAUGAUGAUGAUGACAUUUUCGGCUUUGGAGAAAAAAUCAACAAGUGUUGCAAACAUACAUCAUUAAUCUUCAAUUUUGAUUGUUUACAAUUGCAGCAACAAUCCAAGAGCGGUGUGCAAGCAACUUCUGCAACAAUGCCAACAUUUGUUUAA